AUGUUCACAACUCAUGAUGGAUUCGCCAAGAAUUUAGUCUCAUGCUUUUACAUCGAUGGCAGGGGUCUCACAAAAUUGGAGAGAGCUAUGUCCAUUCCAUCACGAUCUGAUGAGAAUAAGAUAUCUGUCAUAGGCUUUCAGGAAAAAGACUCGGAUACUGAGCAAGAUAAUUGUAUUUUUGACGCAGCUUCACAAUCCACAGUCGCACAAUUCAUACACACUUCAGCUGGAACAUCAGCAAUUGAUGAAGAUCGAGGUUUCGAGACUGCUCUUUCUCCCAGUGAGCGUGAAGCUUCCCUCAAACAGCGCGAGCAGGAAAUGGAUAACCGUGAGCGCGACAUUGCAGAGCAAGAAAGAAAUCUUAAGGAACGUGAUAUUUUACUCGCAGACCUUCGAGGCUUGGAGAAAAUAGAUAUUGCACACCUUGAAGCUGCCUUAUCGGAUAUAUUCAAGGGACUAGAAGGAAAACUCAUUGAAUUGGCUGAAAUGACAUCUUCGAAUCUUCAUCCUUCACCAAUGACCGCCAAGAAGAAUUCCUUGAUCCAAAUUAAAUUUCCAAAGACAUCCAAUGACGGCAUCGAAGAGUUUGAAGCUACGGAGGUCAAGUUAGCAGGCUACGACAAAGCUCUGAAAGUCCGCCACGCAGAGGCCAACGCUAGAGAAAUUGCUCUUGCUCGCUUUCAACUGGCUAUAGAGAAGCGUGGAAUUUUCUUGAAUGAGAGAGGGGAAUCGACUGAAAAGCUUGAGGCCCAAGUUCAGGAGCGAGGAAACCUCGCGCGUGAUCGUACGGAGGAACUGGACACGCUCAGCCGCAGCUUGACCAGGCGUGACGAACUUCUCAAUGAACGUGAGACUGAGCUUGCAGCUCGCGCAGAAGCAGAAAUCCGACUCCUCGAUCAGCUUGAUGCAGAUAGGGAGAUUUUGGAGGCCAGAGAGGCAGCCAUGGAGCGAGGCUUUCAAGGUGACUAUGAACAAUUUGAUACUUACCACCACGAGCAUGGGAUUCUGAGAGAGAAACAGGAUUCGGUUUUGAUUUUGAUUUAUCUUGAUCUUCACUUCAUUACCAGCGAUACGAGCACACAGAACGUUUUCGGUAAUGCCUUCGAGAAUGAAGUCAAAAAAUUACUGUACAUGAUCAAAAUCCAUCUCGUCCACGGCUUAUUCUUCCUUAAGGACUCAUCUAUCCACCAGUCUGAGAAAAUCAAACCUCUCUUGCUAGCAUCACCUGAACCAUCAUUGAUCUUUCGCUUCGGUCUCGAAAGCAGAGAUGUCACUUUCGUCCGGGUGAAAUCAGCCAAUUUUCGCGGCAGUGAACAGGUUUUCGCAUUAGAGCACCUGUGGAAGACACCUGGAGGAUACGUCAUCGUUCGAGACCUCCUUUACUUCACUCAUAUUUUGAAGCUCAAAGAUUUUCGACUGCAAGAAAGUCCAGCUGUUCAACGUCUCAUCACAUUACUCGAUAAUCAUGAACAAAAUCCCGGAUUUGAACCUAUGAAUGACGGUAGUGGAAAGCUUAAGUAUGUCCCUGUCAAAAGUGUCCAUAAUCUCUUGAAAUCAAAGAGAUCUAUCAGAAAAUCAUUCGAAUUUCCCGACACUGUCAAUGUUGCCACGGAAACACAGAGCACCUUGAACACCGCAGUCAACAACGACGAGAAGUCGAUGCGCUGCUUGGUAGAUUGUAAUGGCGAUACAGCUCACAACCAAAAAUUGCAAGUGGCAAAAGGCGAAAGUUCUGAAGCUGGAUUGUUACUAGCAGUCACCAUUCCACAUUCUGCGAAAGCCUCACAAGACCAAAAAUCUCAUCUGAUAUCUCGUAGAUUGAAUCUUCGAGAACUAGAACACAGCUAUGCCAUUCGACUUUCAGUACUUAGGGAGAGAGAAUCCAUCAUGAAGCUGAGAGAAACGGAUCACAGAUCUCGAUACGCUUAUUAUGGUCAGCUCUUUGCGGCUAUGCGAAAGAAAGAGGAUGGAUUUGAGGCUAGGGAAACCGCCGUUGCUGAACGCGAGGAUAUCGCAAAUGCGCUGGACAAAACUCUUCAAGAUCGAAUGCAUAGUCUCGAGAUCGAUGAAGAAUUUCAAGCAUUGAAAGCUUCACAGCGAAAUGAAGCAUUGAAAACUCGCAGCUACAGCCUUCAUGAACGCGAAGAGUUGGUAGUACUGGGCAGGAGCGCAAUGAGAGCACGAGAAGCGCACGUCACCCGUCGUGAAUGUCUUGUCGAGACACGAGGCAAGAAGUUGGAGGGUGUUGAGCAGACUUUGCUAGCUAGAGAAGCUGCUGUCAAAGCCAUUGAAGCUGCACUCGAUCUUCGAGAAUCUGCUGUUAAAGCUUCAGAAGAUGCAAUUAGCCAGCGCGAAGAAGCUGUAAGAUCCGAAAAUGCCACCAUCAAGCAUGAUAAAGAUAGACUCAAACUCUACGAAGCAAACUUGCGAUAUACCGAAGAACGUCUGCAGAAAAAGGAUGAAAAGCUUAACUGGGAGUUUACUAAUCGUGAGCUUCUCGUGAUUGAACGCGAGCAGAAGAUUGAGGCUAUGGAGGGAGCUUCCAAGAUGGGUUGGGUGAUUCCUAUGGCAAUGUCCAAAGAUGGUAGUGAUGACUUAUAA